AUGGUAAACAGGUAUGGUCAGCCAACGACCAUGGUAAACAGGUAUGGUCAGCCAACGACCAUGGUAAACAGGUAUGGUCAGCCAACGACCAUGGUAAACAGGUGUGGUCAGCCAACGACCAUGGUAAACAGGUGUGGUCAGCCAACGGCCAUGGUAAACAGGUGUGGUCAGCAAACGACCAUGGUAAACAGGUGUGGUCAGCCAACGACCAUGGUAAACAGGUGUGGUCAGCCAACGACCUUGGUAAACAGGUGUGGUCAACCAAGGACCUUGGUAAACAGGUGUGAUCAGCCAACGAUCAUGGUAGACAGGUGUGAUCAGCCAAUUACCAUGGUAAACAGGUGUGAUCAGCCGACCAUGGUAAACAGGUGUGGUCAGCCAACGACUUUGGUAAACAGGUGUCGUCAGCCAACGACCAUGGUAAACAGGUAUGGUCAGCCAACGACCAUGGUAAACAGGUGUGGUCAGCCAAUGACCAUGGUAAACAGGUGUGGUCAGCCAACGACCAUGGUAAACAGGUGUGAUCAGCCAUCGACCAUGGUAAACAGGUGUGGUCAGCCAACGACCAUGGUAAACAGGUAUGGUCAGCCAACGACCAUGGUAAACAGGUAUGGUCAGCCAACGGCCAUGGUAAACAGGUGUGGUCAGCCAACGACCAUGGUAAACAGGUGUGGUCAGCCAACGACCAUGGUAAACAGGUAUGGUCAGCCAACGACCAUGGUAAACAGGUGUGGUCAGCCAACGACAAUGGUAAACAGUUAUGGUCAGCCAGGUGUUUAA